GCAGCAUUAUGUGUUGACGUUGUGCGUCUUAUGUCCGACUUAAUGGAUGUUUUGAUGUUAAAGAGAAUGAACUGCAAAAAAUGUUCAAUGGCUUUUUUGUUGUGGUUGUUUUGUUUAAACUAGAUAGCAUGCCGCAGUAAGAAAUGUGACGUCACGCACUUAGGGGAACGCCCCGAUGGAGGGCGAGAGCGCAAUGAGUGAUUAAUUUCUUUUGUUUACUAAUACUAAAUAGUUGUUGUGCAUUAAAGGAAACAAGUCUGGGCUAUAUGCUUCUACAGAAUGCCGUCAGAGAAGAAAACCCAGAAAGGAGGAAUUUGUGACUUUUUGCCAUAAAGGUGCACACACCACAGUCCUUCUAGUCCAUGGCUCUAAAGCAACAAGACCUACUGCGAGAUUUACAGAAGUGCUUUUUGACCAACCUGAAAGUUGAAGACAAUAAAGAGACAGACAUGCAAAGAGAUCGUAAUGAGAGUCUUGAUAUACGGUGUACGGAGUUUCCCGAUUACUCAGAGGAGGUCUGUUCCAUUAUCAAAGCUGGAUGGCUGGAAAAAACUCCUCCAAAAGGUGGAAAGAUUUACCAACGGCGAUGGGUGCAGCUGGAUUCAGAAUAUUUGAGAUACUUUCAAUCUGCCAAGGAGGUGUAUUCAAAAAGGAUGAUAUCUCUGCGAUGUGUGGAUAAGGUGGUCAGUGUUGGAGAUGUCCGAUUUGAGGUCCACAGUGAGAACCGGACUUUUCUGUUCCGAGCGGAGAACGCUGAGGAAAGAAAUGACUGGGUGUGUUGUCUUGAAAAGGCUCUGAGUAAUCGCACACACAGCGUUGAAGCCCAAAGUCUGUUCUUUAAGCGUAAAAGUGUGGAUUUUAGUUUCGAGGGCUACCUGGAGUUGACGUCACCACGCACAAAAGUCUACAUGAUUAUAAGCGGGGACAAACUGUAUCUCUUCAAGAACCGUGAGGAAUAUUUUUAUGGUGUUGGUGUCACAGAUGUAGAUAUGCGAAUGGCCCACGUGAAUGAUACAGAUAAACGCACGUUCACACUCAUAACUCCAUACAGAACAUUCAGUUUUGUGGUGGAAUCAGAAUGUGAGAAGAAAAGAUGGCGUGACUCUCUUAAUGAGGCUAUCAGUCGCUCUUUAUCAUGUGACGGAGUGUGUGAGAGUUUGUGGCGUGUUUCAUCAAACAAACUGUGUGCGGACUGCAGUGCUUCAAUGCCCGAGUGGGCUUCCAUCAACCUGUGUGUCCUGCUGUGUGAAAAAUGCGCAGGUAUGCACAGAAGCCUAGGUCAGAACGUGUCAAAGGUUCGCAGUUUGAAGCUGGAUGAGCGAGUGUGGACCGAAGACCUCAUGAGGGUUUUUCUGCAGCUGGGUAAUGGCAAAGCAAAUAAAUUCUGGGGAGCAAAUAUUCCCCCGAGCGAGAGUCUGUGUGUAAAUGCGAACGAUGCGCAGCGUCUGCAGCACAUCACAGCUAAGUACCAGCAUGGAAAAUAUCGCAGAUACCACGCACUCUAUGGCCAACAGGAGGCGCUCAAUAGUGCUCUUUGCAAAGCAGUCCAAUCUGCUGAUUUAUUGGAGACUCUUUCAUUGUUGCACUGUGGGGCAGAUAUCAAGUGUCACACUGGUAUCCCAGAAUUCCCUUCUCCGCUGUCUCUAGCCAAACGCAGCGGUCAGUCUACGCAAGUGGAGUUACUUACGCAGAACCUAAACACAGAGACAUUGGAAACAGUGUUUAAAGAUGAACCCAUUAAGUCUCAAUGUGGCUACCUUUGUAAGACCAGCUCAUCAGCUCGCCCAAUCACAGACCACAAAAACAAAACAGACUUUACUCGGCGUUGGUGUUGUCUUAAGGGUGGAGUAUUUAGCUAUUAUAGGAAUGACCAUACCAGCACCAGGUCUGGUGGCAUGAAGACCUGUGAAAUUGUCUGCUUGUCUCUCAACAGCCCAGGGAAACAUGGCUAUGAGCACACUUUUGAACUGUACUCUGAGGAUGGCCGAGUCUACCUGUUUGGGACCGAUGAUGAAAGCAUUUUCAAGAGCUGGAUCAAGGCUAUUUCCGUGGCUAUGUUGCCUCCUGUGCUAUUUGAUGCUUGUGGACCGUGUGAACGUCUGGGGCGUCUGCGGUGCAUUGAAGGCAGUGAUGGGAUUGGUUGGUUUUGUUUGAGCGGCUUUAAACUGCACGUGUUGCUGCAGGACACUGUACAAACAAUCGAUCUGCGCAAACUACUCUCACUCACUCUCUCUGACAGUGCUGGCUCUAUGGUGCUGGUGUGGAGGGGUGGGACCCUGCAUUUGCCAGCUGACCGCAGACCUCAUUUUGUGGGCUGGCAGACCUGCAUUCAACCAAAACCUGGUGUUGGAGAUCAACUGCUUUCCCAUCAGCAGCUCACCGAACUUGACGUCCCUGUGAUUAUCGACCGUUGUCUGGACCAUGUAACAUGUUAUGGACUUCAGAAUUCAGGAAUCUACCGGAAGAACGGUGUGAAAUCUCACAUUACCAGACUCAUGGAGAGGUUUCAAAAUGAUGCACGAAGUGUAACAUGGAGCGAGUCAGAAUAUUCGGUGGAUGACGUAGCAAAUGUGCUAAAACGGUUUCUUAGAGAGGUCAAAAAUGGAGUGUUGAACGGACAGGAAAAUGGAAAGAGCUGGCUUCAAGCUGCUGGUCUGGAGGACAAAAGUGAGAGGAUUAACAAAUAUCAGACUCUUCUCUCAUACCUACCGGAUGUCAACAGAGCAACACUCAAGGCCCUUAUACAUCAUCUGGUUUGUGUUCAGCACCUGUCGGACGAGAAUCAGAUGACAGUAAAAAACCUUGGUAUUGUGUUUGGUCCGACGCUCUUUCAGAGUGAUGGAACGGAUAAAAAAGCAUGUCGAGUGGUGGAGGAUUUGAUCCAGAACUACUGCAGUAUUUUUAAUGUCUCGCAGUCUGACCUACAGAGGCAGCUUAACUUGACGUCUGUCACCCUGAAUAAACACAAAAAGAGGUCCAUGAGUCAAAGCGCAUCCUGCAUCAUUUGUACAGUUUAUCUUGAAAGAAGAGAGGAGGAAACAGCGGUGCUUGUUAAGGUUUGGGCAAAUAUGAAGGCAGCUGAGUUGGUAUCUGAAGUUUUGGAGCAUAAAGGAAUUGAACAGACCAAUGAGGAGUUCUGGAGCUGCUAUGAGGUUCUAGAGAAAGAGGAGAUAGAACGAACCGUGCACCACAAUGAAAAAGUGCUGCCGCUCUAUUUCACACUCGGGCCACAACAACACCUGCUGAUCAAGAAGAAUUACUAUGUUGAGAGCAUCAAUAAUUACCUGGAAAAUAUCGAGAAUGUGUUUAAGAGCGGCAUGCUACGCGUUUGUGAGAUCAAAAGUGAGCGCAGCCGAAACUACACAAGUCGUUACUGUGAGCUGUCUGGCACCACCUUCAGACUUCACAAAGAACUGCGGAAUUCUGCAUGUGAGAAGGAGUGGCCUGUCAAAGAGCUAAAGGUCUACAAUGGUUACCGGGGCAAACUGCAUUCACCCACAUCGUGGGGAAUAACACUGGUGUGUGACAAGCAGCAAUGGUAUCUGUGCUGUGAUAAUGAGGAUGAGUUUAUUGAAUGGACAGCUACUUUCUUUAGCAUUCAGUAUGAUGGUGACAUCUGCCCCCCUCAACUGGUGAAGAAACCUCAAUACACCUGAUAGGUUGGAUAACCUGAGGAAAAAUAUAUGUGUUAUACAUUCACAUAAAGUGUUUUUAAAUAGACUGUCUUGAUUUAGAGAAUGAAUCAUUACAACCAGUAAUGAUUGUGUUA